UUAUCAAAUGAAUAUUUAUAUUAUAAAAUAUGUCAAAUUUCUCUUACAAAAUUUUUGUUUAUCGUCAAAAAAAGCAAAUAUUAUAUUUGUAUUUUUUGCGGCUUUAUAGACUGAGACAGCAACGCCAUCUCUGAUAGUAUUUGUGUACUCAAACAAUUUUAUCCUUGAAAAUAUUCAUAAAUUACCUAACUUUCAAUUAAAAUAAACAAUCUAUGUGAGUUAUCUAACGGAAUAUUUAUUUAUCAUGACAUCAAGAAUAAUUUUACGUCAAAAUAUUUAUUUAAUUGGUGAUGUUGACACUCAAAUUAUUGGUAAUAAAUUGCCUUCAAAGUUACAAGUGUUAAAAAUCUUUUUCUAUCAUAUACGUAUUCUCAAAUUUAAAUUACGUGAAAGUGCUGAAAUCUGUAUAGAUGAAGUUAAAGUAUUUUGGCAAAAAGCUCAAAUACCAACCAAAAGAAAAGACUAUUGUAUCGAUCAGUUGUUAAAAUUAUAUGAGCAUUAUCAGCUUCUUCAAAAAUCUAAAAGCAGAGACUCAAAUAAGAUUAAAGAGGAUGAAUUUAAAUCUUUAUUGUUGAAUUUGUUCGACAUUGCUCAUGCAAAUACGGCACUAAUGGUCAAUAUAAAUGUAAUGAAUUUUUUAACAGAGCAACGAAAAGAUGGUAGAGUGGGUUACAUAGCUAAUAUUGAGUCGGAUGAUAAUGACCAAGCUCAAAAAAUGAAGGAUGAACUACUACAGCUACGUCGAGAAAAAUCGGAGAGAGAAAAAGCUCGAUAUGACGAAUUUGUGGAAUUUACAUCAAGCAGUGAAGUUGAAAGAGUGAAUCCAUUGAGUCAAAAAACAAUAUCAUCGGUUUCAAAUUUUUCUGACGAACUGGCAACUACUCAGCACCAAGAAUCAACACAAUCUCGUGGGACAAUAAAUAUCGUAGAUGAUAAAUUAGUAGCGGUCUUUGAUCAUUGUAAAAUAAGCGAUCGUAAUGCUGUACGUGUGAUCGUAGCUUUAUGUUCAUCAUUACAAAUUGACGUAAAUCCAUUAAUAGUAAAUAGAUCAUCUAUUCGUCGGAGCAGAGUGAAAAUACGUGAAGAGAAAGUAAAAAAAAUCAAAGAACUUUUCAAAACUCAAGACUUGAAUGCUAGUGUUCUUCACUGGGAUGGAAAAAUUUUAAAAACGUCAAGUGGAGAAAAUAAAGAACGACUACCAGUUGUAUUGAGUUGUGGACAAAUUGAAAAAAUAUUAGCGAUCCCAGUACUAGAUGAUGGAACAGGUCAGUCGCAAGCUGAUGCAAUGUUUGACGCUAUUAAUGAUUGGGGAAUUCCAGACUUUAUUAAAGCUCUAUGCUGUGAUACUACUGCUGCAAAUCUAGGAUCAAGUAAAGGAGCUGCAGUUUCACUGGAACGGUUGCUUGAAAAAAAACUAUUGUAUUUGCCUUGCAGGCAUCACAUAUUUGAACUUAUCCUCAGGGGUGUUUUUGAACUUAAAAUACCUACAACCUCAGGUCCUGAUGUACCUUUAUUUAAAAGAUUUCGAGAGAGCUGGGGCAAAAUUGAUAUAAGUCAAUAUUCUACUGGGAUUGAAGAUUCGUAUGUGCAAGAAAAAAUACAAAAUCAUAUUGAUGACAUUAAUCACUUUAUCCAAAAGCAACUUGAUUCAAAUCAACCAAGGGAAGACUACCGGGAACUUUUGGAGCUUGUUCAGAUAUUUAUUGGUAAAGUUCCGUGCAGUCAAGUAAAAUUUCGAAAACCGGGUGCAUUCCACCACGCUAGGUGGAUGGCAAAAGCCAUAUAUACUAUAAAAAUAUUUUUAUUUCGUAAACAAUUCAAAAUGACGGUGAAAUUAAUCAAAUCCGUUUCUGAAAUUUGUGUUUUUAUUGCUACAGUGUAUAUCAAAGCAUGGUUCACUUGUCCUCUUGCAUCUGAAGCUCCAAAUAAUGAUUUAUCAUUUUUAAAGGAACUUAUUGAUUAUCAAUCGACAGAUGCUAAAAUAUCUGAAGUGGCAUUGAAAAAAUUUAGCAUGCAUUUGUGGUAUUUAAACCCAGAAACUGUAGCUAUGGCAUUCUUUGAUGAAAGAAUAUCAUCAAACAUCAAGAACCAGAUGGUGAUUAUGUUAAAAAGUAUUGACACAAAUUCAGAAAUAAAUUUGAAACGAUUCGAAAUUAAAAAUAUUAGAGAUGUAUAUGACUGGAACAUUGCUUCAUUCGUGUCAUCAAGAUCGUUCCAGUUUUUCGAAAGAUUUGGAAUAAAUACAGAUUUUUUGAAUUUGAAUCCAUCUGAGUGGUGUCAAAAUGAAGAUUACCAGAAGGGUUUGCUAUUGGUAAGAAGUUUGAAGGUUGUUAAUGAUAUCGCUGAGCGUGCAGUGAAACGUAUUGAAGAGUACCACAGUAUAUUAAGCAAGGAUCCAGAGCAGCAGCAAUUUAUAGUUCAAUAUUUAUCAGAAUAUAAGCAAUAUUAUGCUGAUACUCGAAAAUCUGCAAUAACUGAAAAUAUGAAAAUGGAUUAAGGCUAACUAUCCAAAUAGUAUCAUAUCACGUGUAAUUUUAUUUUAUUAUUUUUAAACUCUAAGGACUAUCUGUUUUAUUAAUUGAAAAAUCACACAUAUUAACCCCAAUUCCAAGAAUAAAAUUGUAUUCGCUUUUUUUGACGGUAAACAAAAAUUUUGUAAGAGAAAUUUGACAUAUUUU